AUGUCGGACCUGAUCCUCAACGUGCACGCGGCCCCCGCGGCGCGGCCCCGCGCGGCCCCGCGAGGCAACCGGAAGCACCGGCGCUUCCUGCAGCGGCGGCGCGCGGAGCGGCGGCGGGGCCUGCGCCGCGAACCGGAGCCUUCCCCCGCCUCGCCGAGCUCCGACACCGGCGGGAGCGGCUCCCCGGGCGCCGCAGCGCCCCCCAGCGGCGCGGCGGAGGCGGUGGUGGCCAUCGACUGCGAGAUGGUGGGGACCGGGCCCGGCGGGCGCCGCAGCGCCCUGGCCCGCUGCAGCAUCGUGGGCUACGGCGGGGCCGUGCUCUACGACCGGUACGUGCGGCCCGCGGCGCCCGUCGUGGACUUCCGCACCCGCUGGAGCGGGAUCCGGCGGCACCACAUGGCCCGCGCCGUCCCGUUCGUGACGGCCAGGAAAGAGAUCCUGCGCAUCCUCGCCGGGAAGCUCGUCGUGGGCCACGCCAUCUACAACGACUUCAAGGCGCUCAAGUACUUCCACCCGCAGGCCCUCACCCGGGACACGUCCAAGAUGCCGUUGUUGAACCGGAAAGGCGGCUUCCCGGAGAACGCCACCGUGUCCCUGAAGCGCCUGGCCAAGGAGCUGCUGCACAAGGACAUCCAGGUCGGGAAGAGCGGCCACUCCUCGGUGGAGGACGCCCGGACCACCAUGGAGCUGUACAAGGUGGUGGAGGUGGAAUGGGAGCAACAGCUCCUGCUGACCCCCAAGCAGGGGUGAGCCCCCCUGCCCAGCUCCAUCCUGCACCCCAAGAGGGGUCCUGGUGCCAUUCCAUCCAUCCCUAUGGACAGCGAGCGGGAGCAU